AUGACAUUUGAAGGUUUGACAAAGGAACAAUUAACCCAAUUCCAUAAUGAAGGGGUAUUGUGUAUACCUGACUUUUUGAAUACUGAUGAUUUGAAGAAACUAAUGGCUAAAUCUCAUAAGUUGUUAGAAGACAUGGAUUUGAAUACUCAUCCCAAAACUCAAUUCAAAACUGGUGCUGAUGGACAUAUUGGAGAUCAAUAUUUCUUCAAUUCAUCGGAUAAAAUUUCCUAUUUCUUUGAUAUCGAUGCUUUUAAUGAUAAGGGAGAACUUCAAUACCCUAAAGAGAUGGCCGUUAAUAAGAUCGGUCAUAAUGUUCACAUGUUAGAUCCAGAUUUCAAAUCUAUCACUUUCACUGAUAAAGUUAAGAAUAUCGCUAGAGCUUUGAAAUUUGAAGAUCCAAGAGUUCUACAAAGUAUGGUUAUUUUCAAACAUCCAGCAAAGGAAGGGGUGGAAAGACUUAAUGAAGUACCUCCUCAUACUGAUGGAACUUUCCUUUUCACUAAACCUCAAACAGCUAUUGGGUUCUGGUUUGCAUUAGAAGAUUGUACUAUUGAAAAUGGAUGUUUAUCUUAUAACCCAGGAAGUCAUAAAACACACCCUAUAACCAGUAGAUUUGUGAAAAAGAAUGGAGGUGAUCAAGGUUGUGAUUUCAUUCCUGUUGACCAUGAAAUGGAAGUACCUCAAGACAAUUCUGAAGAUUAUAAAUUGGUAGAAUGCAAAGCUGGCUCUUUAGUACUUAUUCAUAAUUCUGUCUUACAUAAAUCAGAAAACAACAAAUCAAACAAAUCUAGAUUUGCUUAUACUUUCCAUGUAAUUGAUGGUACUGCUGAAUAUGAUAAUUUGAACUGGUUACAGGUACCACCAUGUAAAGAAGGAGGAACAGAAUUUAGUAAAUUAUACUGA